UUGAACCAAAUUUACGGAUCUAACCAUUAACCCUGGACUGGCCUGGUUCAGAGAGUACUAACCCGGUCGGGUUCACACUAGUGCCUGAGCUGAAGCCUUGAACUCUCUCAGUCUCUCACCUUCUUCUCGCUGUGAAGCUCUUACGCCAUCUCGCCGAGCUCCGUUGCUGUCUCGGUUCGUUUGAGGGGUCACCGUUGGAAUUUGGAAGCCGUCUUCUGCCACUUCCUGCAGGUGCAAGUUUCAGGUCCAGAUUGAAUACCUAUAACUAUGAAUAUUGAUUCUUUCAAGCGGGAUGUUGAUGAAUUAAUUGGUGAAUUCACUCAGAAUGAAUCAACUACUUUGGCUGACAUGAAGAGAGUAUGGCUUUCUAAGAAGUUCUCCUACAUUUAUGAAUCUAGUCCUUCUACCAACCUCGCCUUCUUUAUGCAAUCACUGUAUGCUCAAUGUAUAGGUUACAUGUGUGGAGAGAUAAUGAAACUCAGAACCCUUAUGGUGGAUGCAAAAACAAAGGAUAUUAAAGUGGUACCUUCUUUGGUAAAGAGAAUGCUGGAUAGAAACAUUUUCCUUUUUGGUGCUGUUGACUUAAUGGCUGAUUCUGUCACGGAGACAGUUAACCAACUCCAACAAUUGCAGGAUGCUCGUAUCAAACACGCAUAUGAAAAAUUAUUUCACAGCACACCAAUUGACAGAUAUGUUCACAUGGACCUUGAAAUGGAAGUUGACCUUGGAAAGCUGCAGAAAAUGUCAUCGGAAUAUGCUGUGGCCAAGAAUGUAGCCAUUGCAGAAGCAAGCAAUAUUUUAGAUGUUACAAACAUAAAGCACCUAUCAGAAGAUAAGGAAUCGAUAGGAGAUGUUGUGAAAAAGAUUGCCGAUGACUGGAAUGACCAGAAAGAAACAUUUUAUAAGCAAACCGGGUGUGGAGAGGAUGAAAUGUAUGAGCAAGAGCUGCUACAACAACUUCUGAAAGACAACGAUGACGACGAGGAUAAUGAAAAAAGAGGGUAGUAAAGAUUGAAGGUAUACAUUUGAGCUGGGGAAUUCAUAAUGCUAAUAUGUUAGCCAUUAUUUUGGUAUAAGGAAUUCAUGCUUUCCCAGGGGAAAUAUGGUCUUAUAGGUCCCUUUUUUUUUCCUUUCCCUCUAUCCACUUUGUUAUCAACAAUGUGUUAUCAACUACUUUCACACUUUCGAUUCUUGUUGCGUGUAUUUUGGUCUCUUCAACUUUCUUUCUUUUGCUGGAUCGGCUUGUUUGUGGAACUAAAUUAUGCAAUCAUAAUUCUUAUCCUUCUCGCUA